AUGUCGGAGUAUUCCUUUGAGUUCCCGGAUGCUACCUAUGGUAGUCUCGAAGAAUUUCUAAAAGAAAAUUGCGAGCCUGCAGUGCCAACUAGUCCGCCUGCUCCUGUAUCCCCAACAUUUGUCCACCCACUGGAUGUUUUCUGUUCUGAGUACGAUGAAGAUCGUGGCCUUACUGGCCCAGUCCGGAACAUAUUUGCCCAGGAAGACACUCACUACCCGCCCAUAUUGACCAGUGACACCGCCGAACCUGACACUAAUGCCCUAGAGGAUCAAGUCGUCAAUGACAUGGAAGAGGAACCUACACUUGCCGUUCAUUCGGCAGACGACAUGGACCCUCUCCCCAGCCCGCCAGCAAUGCCAGUCAAUCCUGAUGACCAAAACGCGAACCAGUCCUCUCUCGGCAUCAUUCCCGUUCCACCAUACAACCCAAAUAAUCCUGGCCAGUUUCAAUGCCCAUUGCCCGGUUGCACGCGACGUGGUGGCUUCAACUGCAAGGGCUGGUUGAUGCGACAUAUCAGGGCGAAGCAUAAAGAUCAUGCGUCUCCUGAUAACCAGGAACUGAUCCGUCCCUUAUUCUCCAGCGACAGCGAGGAUACUGCUCCUCUGUUUCCAUGUCCAUGGCCCCGUUGCCCACACCCCGGCUUUGACCAGGAGGCAUGGCUGAAGCGGCAUAUCAAGGCAGUGCAUGAACCCAAUCCCUCUCUGUAUUCGCUUGACGGGGAGGAUGGCCCUCCUCGCUUCCAAUGCACAUGGCCCGAUUGCACCCAGCGUGGGGGCUUCAACCGCAAGGCAGCCUUGAUGCGACAUGUCGAGACGAAGCAUAUCUCGCCCAGCUCGUUCUUGUGCUUGACUUGCUGGCAGCCGUUCGACCGGGCUGAUAAUCUCCAAGAGCACAUUCGUCGCAUGCACCUCGAGAACGAGGGGUAG